GAUUCGUUUCUGUAACUUUGGGAAGUUGCACUCCUAUUUGCCGGCUCUGCACCCCAGUAUUUUGAUCUAUUUAUGUUUGUUGGCACCAGAACAAAUACUGGUUCUGAUUUUCGCCCUGGGAUUGUCCUUGUUGGCCUCCAGAUCGCCACACGGAUAAACGAACCCACCCUCCUCCCCCCAGUCAGGCUAGGACGCGAGCAUGUGGCUCGUGGGUCUGGGGUGUGACAUGUGGUGAAUGGAGUUAAAUCGUGUUGGAGGCUGGUCACAAGUGGUGUCCCCACAGGUCUGUUUAACAUCUUUAUCAAAGAUGUGGAUGAGGGGAUUGAGUGCACCCUCCAUGAGUUUGCAGACGACAGCAAAUUGGGCAGGAGCGUUGGUCUGCUUGAGGGAAGGAAGGCUCUACAGAGAGAUCUGGACAGACUGGAUCAAUGGCCAAGGCCAAGUGCAUGGGGUUCAACAAGGCUAAGUGUUGAGUCCUGCACUUGGGCCACAACAACCACGUGGAAUGCUACAGGCUUGGGGAAGAGUGGCUGGAAAGCUGCCUGGCAGAAAAGGACUUGGGUGGGUGUUGGACGACAGCCAGCUGAAUAUGAGCCAGUGGUGUGCCCUGGUGGCUGACAAGACCAACAGCAUCCUGGCUUGUAUCAGAAAUGAUGUGACCAGCAGGAGGAGGGAAGUGAUCAUCACCCUGUACUCGGCAUUGGUGAGGCCACACCUUGAAUCUUAUGUUAGGUUUUGGUCCCCUCAGUACAGGAAAGACAUUGAGGUGCUGGAGCGUGUGCAGAGGAGAGCAAUGAAACUGGUGAAGAGGCUGGAGCACAAGUCCUCUGUGUAGUGGUUGAAGGAACUGAGGUUGUUUAAUCUGGAGAAGAGAAGGCUGAGGGGAGAACUUAUCGCUCUCUACCACUACCUGAUAGGAGGUUGUAGUGAGCUUGUAUUAUAGUUCUGUAUUGUCGCAGGAGGACUGACUGGAAGGAAGAUGGUGUUGAUGAGUUCAACAGGAUUUAUUCUAUUCUUGCUCUCUUAUUGCACUGUGUCAGUGAGCACCAAAGAAGCAGUGGUUUUGGCUAACGCCCACCUUCUCCCCCAAAGAGGCUAUGAGAGACUGAGGAACGUCAAUGCAAAAGACUAUCCAAGGGAUUGUUUUGAGAUUUUUCAACUCUCCAAAGGAAAUUCCAGAGAUGGUCUUUACAUCAUCCAACCAAAGGAGGACCCAAUUGUCGUCUCUUGUAAUAUGCAGGAUGGUGGCUGGACAGUAAUCCAACACAUUACAGCCAACAGUACAGUCGACUUUGAUAGGACCUGGCAGGAUUACAAAUAUGGAUUUGGCUCCGUUCAUGACAACCACUGGUUAGGAAAUGAAUAUAUGCAUCAGUUAACUAGCAGUUCCGUGCAAUACAUACUUGGAAUUAAACUUGUUAACCUAAAUGCUGAAAUCAAAUGGGGGCAGUACGAACCAUUCGUUAUUGAAGAUGAAGAGUCUCAAUACCGAAUCAGGGUUGGUCUAUACAAAGGCAAUGCCACUAAUGCUCUGACCCUGGACACAGAAGCUUAUCUCCAUGACAACCAGAAAUUCACCACCAAGGACAGAGACAAUGACAAUUACUUUCAGAACUGCGCUAAACUGGAACUCCAUGGUGUUCCUGGGGGAGGCUGGUGGUAUGAUGCAUGUGCUGGAGCAAAUCUAAACCGUAGAAAUGUAAUAUAUUGGCAAAAGGACUGCAACAAGCAACACUUGUGUAAGUUUGCAUGGAUGAUGAUCAAACCCAUUGCUCACAACCUGUCAUACCCAACCAAGUCCUGUCGAUGUCAGAAAGUUGAACUGUAGAUAAGUCAUGU